CGACUGAAGAGUUAACAGGAAAGCGUACUUUCCCUCAACGCUCGUAUAACGUUAUCUUUUGUUAACUUCUGUUGAGUUAAAGGAAAACGGACUAAUGUCUUGGGUAAAAGCCGUUUCACUCGUUGGGGAGGAUGUAUUUGACGAAGAUGAGGAUGAUAUUACUCUUCAGAAUAAAGAAUGGAAAUGCAAUAUGGAGAAACGAGUGAAGGACGGGUACCGGGAUGGUGUCGACGCGGGCAAAGAGGCAUCAUUACAGCACGGUUUCAACGCGGGAUACAGGGAGGGAGCUGCACAGAUGGUGGCCAUUGGGCAGCUGAAAGGAAUUGUGAGUGCGCUGCAGUGCUGGUGUCAGCUGCAGCAGCCAGACUCCACCAUGCUCCCCUCCAUCGGUCGGCUACAGCAGGACGUGGCAAAGCACGAGGAGGGCCUGAUGGAGAGGAUGAAGAUGAAGCAGCAGCAACCGCAGGCCAGCGUCAGUGAGAUCACAGAGAGCAUUGAAGACCUUGGGGUGGAGCAGACCAGUGGAGGGGGCAGCUGCAGUGGGACGGACUGCUGCCCUAAGGAGUGCGCACAGGGAGAAGACCAACCAAGGAGGCCCUGCCAGCGAUCCUUGCACCCUUUCUUCAACGCCAAGGAGAGUCUGGAGCAGCUACUACAGCGCUGUGUGGACUUGGCAACACAACUAGGUCUCCCAGAGGAACUGUUGUAUCAUGUGCAGCAGCUGAACAAUGCGUAGCUGUGGCGUUAGUGCACAGGAGCUUAAGACAUGUACAGAUUCUGCAACAAAUAAAACUUGUUUUUAUUUACGAUGGCAGCUCUUCACUUUGUUUCCCAGUGCUGGUGUGAUAGGAGAAAGUGUCUGGAGAAAUAUGGAAAGAUUUCUCCAAGAGAUAUUCAAAGACUGGACAAUCCCCGAAAGCACUGAUUCUCAAUCCUGCUCCUGGGGCCCCCCUGCUCUGCACGUUUUCCA